ACACACAGUGCGGUGGACUGGUUGAAGUGGACUUCACAUGCGCUGAUGACAUUGUGUGUGUGUAUGUGUUGGUUCUGAGGGGUUCUGUGGGCGAAGGUGCUGGUCCACCAAGCUGACUUGGUCUUGUUGUUAGCCUUUAGCCUUCACACUAAUUUGUGUUGAGCUGUCAAUCAUCUUUGUUCUUAUUUAGUUCUUCUUCUUUACUUUUGGACUUGUUUUUGUUUCCUCCUUUCUGACCUUAUUUUCUUCCUCCUCCUCCUCGCCCUUGUUUCUUCUCUCUCUCUGGGCGAGCGAGCUUGGCGAGGCUUCAGGCCCGCUGGUUCUGUUGGCGUCGGUCCAGCCUGGCAGCGCCUCAGUGGGAGCAGGUGGAGCCCAUCCCCCGUCUCACACAAACACACACACACUUUGUGUAUCUUUUUGCCCAAAAGGCUGCCAACAUCAGCCCGUCUCCAUGGCGACGUCCAUGCUCACUUUUUACAUUGCUGCUCACGUGUGAUUGGCUCAUGUUGGAGGAUGGGAGUCGCACCAUCAACUCUUCUUCUCCUUUGUUUCUUUGCUUGUUUGUUUUGCUGUCACUGCGACGCUUGCAGUUUGUACACAUGCUUUCAUUUGAGGAGCUCGCCAACCUGUGACUUUGUUACCCAUCAUGGUCGCCAAGCACGAGAAUGACGUUGAAGAGACAAGCCGCCAUCUUGUGUUACCGUGCAGGAUUCCAUACAGGAAGUCGAUGUAAUCGCGUGCGUUCUUUCUUCACUCCCUGCAGCCUCUCGAUGGUGUGCACGUUUGACGUCAUCCUGACAUGACGGCAACAGUUGAGGAACAACCUCAGCAACAGAAACUGCUAUUAAAGUGGUCAAUAGUGUCACAUGACACAAACAGGAAGUGAGAGUCACAUGAGGUCAAACUGUAAUCAGAUGACUUUUUUCUCGGUCAUGUUAUUUGGUUAAGAUUCUAAAAUGUUCCGUUCGUGACAUCAUCACCCACUUCAUGUCCGUGAUGUCAUGUCUGAUUGUAUGACCUCAGUAAAACAUGUGAAACACUACAUGUCCGUUAACGCACCUUUAAGACUUGGCAGAGGUCACAGUUCAUCAAGGGUCUUACUCUUGUUGGCAAAAGAGUGAGCGAUCACCCACAAAUAAGAACCAGAACCAAAAGCACUUGAGUGGACUUCGUGUUGUUCUCCAAGUUGAGCAGUCUGCUGUGAGGCCACAAUCACUUAAUGCACUCACACGCACGUGCACACGCACACCCUAGAUCGAUAGCCAGUGUGUGAUCAGUUCGUGCUGCAGGGCUCGCGCGCGCGCACGGAGGUUUCACUCAGACUGUCCUCUGGCGGAGAGCGGAGGUGUUGGUCUCGGUCCCGGUCCCGGUCUCGGUCCCCAUCCCGGAGUUCGGAGCGGCAGCAGGCAGGACAGGAGAGAGGAGGCGGCGCUCCUCCUAUAAAUCCUCCGAGCAGUCAGCGGGCGCUCAGAGGCGAGGCGGCCGAGCGGCAGCGCGGCGAUCCCGGCUGCCUUCUUCGCUUGCUCCCGCUCUCUCCUGUUUCCCGGGGCUCGGCAGCGCCGCAGGCCGACCACAGCGCACCGCAGGGCGGAUAGGCGAGUGGCGGCGGACCGGCGCUUUGACAUGCUGGUUCGGGACGUUGUAGAGGUUCGCUUGGUCCCGCCUCAGCGGACUUUCCGUCCUCCUCCGCGACACUUUGGACUUCUCUAACGGGACUUUUUGUCCUGAAGCUGACAUGUUUGACGCUGGACGGCCCUGGGCCUCUAACAGGUCCGCAGAGCGCGUGUAAGCCAAGGCGGGGUCAAAGUUCAGCCGAGCUUGGAAAUGUGAGAGUUUGGGGGGCAACAGGAGGGCUCCACCCCCCCACUAGUUUUUUCUCACGCACAUACGAGCACGCGCACAGUGGACCAGACAUGUACUCUCCUCUAUGUCUCACGCAGGAUGAGUUCCAUCCGUUCAUCGAGGCUCUGCUGCCGCAUGUCCGCGCCUUCGCCUACACGUGGUUCAACCUGCAGGCCAGGAAGAGGAAGUACUUCAAGAAGCAUGAGAAGAGGAUGUCCAAAGAGGAGGAACGUGCCGUCAAGGACGAGCUGCUCGGCGAAAAGCCCGAAGUCAAACAGAAAUGGGCGUCGCGCCUCCUGGCCAAGCUGCGUAAAGACAUUCGGCCUGAGUUCCGUGAGGACUUCGUGCUGACGGUGACAGCCAAGAAGGCGCCGUGCUGCGUGCUGUCCAAUCCUGACCAGAAGGGAAAGAUGCGACGCAUCGACUGUCUGCGUCAGGCCGACAAGGUGUGGCGCCUGGACCUGGUCAUGGUCAUCCUCUUCAAGGGAAUUCCUCUGGAAAGUACGGAUGGCGAGCGCCUCGUCAAAUCUCCGCAGUGCGCUAACCCUAGCCUAUGCGUGCAGCCGCAUCACAUCGGCGUCUCUGUCAAGGAGCUGGACCUCUACCUGGCCUACUUCGUGCACGCAGAAAGUGGCCAAUCGGAGAGCCCCAACCAGUCCAGUGAAGCAGACAUCAAAGAGCAGGCCGAGAACGGUCAUUUGGGCUUCCAGGACAGUUUUGUCACACCAGGAGUGUUUACAGUGGCUGAACUUGUACGAGUGUCGCAAACGCCCAUUGCUGCUGGUAGCGCACCAAACUUCUCCUUGGCGGACCUGGAUAGCUCCUCCUACUACAGCAUGAGUCCAGGAGCCAUGAGGAGGCCCCUCCCCAGCACCUCCUCAUCCAGCUCAGCCAAGAGGAUCAAGUGCAUGGAGGAGGAUGUGGACAGUCCAGGGGAGGAGUCCUACUAUCCCGCUCAGGGUCGUUCUCCAGGUAGCGGAAGUCAGACCAGCAGCUGGCACGAGGAGCCAGGAUAUAAGCUGCGCGGCUCACUAGCUAGCUCCUUCAUCUCCCGACAAGAUCAAGAGACCCAGAAAGUCGUGUUAGCAUCCUCCCAGCAUGCACCUGGCUGCAGCUGUCACACAGGCCCCGCCCCUAAAGAUAAGCCACACUCUCUGUACCCACCCCUUCCCCGGUUCCCCCAUGUAUUAAAGAAAAUGCUUACAAGCUCCUCCCCCUCAUGGUCAUGGUUCUUGGCAGGGAUGGCGUUGGCCGGCGGCGCCUUAAAGAGGUCAGCUUUCUACGAGGCCACGCCUCCACCUACUGGCCCCGCCUCUUCCUCCUCUUCUUCUUCUUACUCCUCCCCCCGAACGGCUUUCACGCAUCAUCAUCGCCCAGUCAUUACCGCACCUCGAGCAAGCCCCCACGCCCCCCCCUCCAGCCUGCAUUUCUCCUCCUCCCCCAUCCUGCAGCAGCCUGCCUCCUACUUCUCGCACCCGGCCAUCAGGUACCACCCCCAGGAGACCCUCAAGGAGUUUGUGCAGCUGGUGUGCCCUGACUCCGCCCAGCAGGCCGGACAGGUGGGCUUCCUCAACCCUAAUGGUAGCUCCCAGGGAAAAGUCCACAAUCCUUUUCUGCCUACGCCCAUGCUGCCCCCCCCUCCACCUCCCCCCAUGGCCCGGCCCGUCCCGCUGCCAGUCGACGCCAAGCCGCCCUCCACCUCCUCCACUGAGGGAGAAGGCAACUCACCCACCUCGCCCACCUACUCUGCCCCACCCACCACAUCUCCUGCUCAGCGAUUCGUCAGCGUGGGACCACGAGACCCCGCCUUCAACAUCCCGCAGCAGCCGCAGUGGUACCUGGGAUAACAACUCCAGAGGCCCCUCCCCCUGCCUGCACCUGUACAACAAUGGCUGCAGCCCCUCCUCCUCUGACGAGAAAGAUGUCCCACCCCUGCACCCUCUCCCCCGGACCCCCGCGCCUGACUCCGCCCCCACCAGCGCCAGACCCGGCA